CGAUCAUUGAAGCAGUCCAUAUCGCAUUGAAGGAAAAGACUAAAAGCAUCACAGUGAAACGUAAAGAGUUGGCGAUCAAGAUUGCCUCAAUGAAACAGUACCAUCCGGCUCUAACCAACAGAAAAUGGCCGCCGAUGAUCGAGAAGAUACAGAUGUUCCUUAAGACGAUUCCUAAAGAAACGGGACCCUCAGCAAGCAGCGCGGCAGGGCCAUCACGGGCAUCAGUCGAAGCACCAGUAGAGGAGAUGUCGGAUAGUGCUCUCAUGGAAACAAAGAGAAAGAUUGAGAUAGAAUUAACCGAACGAGCAGAAAGGUCACGGGCCAGUUCAAUCGCAGGAUCAGUACGCGGACGUACCAGUUCGGUUACAGAGCCGUCUAGCGGGACCGUAAAAAGCGGAAAAAGAGUAAGGUCACCGACGACAAGUCCAAAAGAAAGCGACAAGAAGGAGCAGCGGACGAAAAAGGUCACGACGAGUAAAGCACCGAUUCCAGUGGGUAGAAAGAGUGCACCACCCACACCGCCGGAUCCCGAAGCUGCUUCAGUUCGACUUCCGAAGUGCCGGACUUUUACAGUCAAAUACACUGGAACUGACCAUAACGAACGAAAGGUCACCGCUCGGAUAGUCGAUAAAAGAACGAAUAAGGAGAUUGACUCAUAUAAUCCCUUAGCGGACAAAUCAGUCAAAACUGAAAUUGGAGAAAGGGCAAAAACAGAAGUCAAUGAGGCAUUACAGUUCAUCCCCCCGGAGGAACGUCAUAAUCCGAGAGUCCUCAUUCAGAUGAUGAAGCAUGUGGUGUCCAAAGUUGCGGUCGAAGAAAACGCGUGGAUCCGUAUUAAGGUGGGCACAAAUGACGACCACUUAGCAUAUACAUACACGGUGGACGGGAAAUUGCUGACGAAAGAGAGAAUUCGGCCGAAACCAACAGCAGACCCAGAUCCGAGUAGGCGAACGUUAGACGAUUACGAAUCGACCCUGAAAUAUACCGAUGGAACAAGCAGGAAAAUGACGCUAACACUCCACUACGGCGAUGGAACAACGGAUUGCAUAACCGCAGUAAUCGUCGACCCGAUAACGGGAGAUCCGAUCCCAUACGCUCCAUGGGAUGCGUCAGAAGAGAGCGCCGAACACGCCAACCGGGCAGCACUCGAACAGCUGUGGAAUUUGAUACCAGUGAGUGAACGUCAAGAUCCUUUGAUUCAAGCGAAUACGCUGAUCAGCAUGAUGCGACAUCGAGCGGAGAUAGAUGAAGCACAUUUUCGACUUACAAGAAAAACGGAAAACGGAGCGUAUAAAACGGUGUUUUACGACACGAAGAAAAAUCCCCUGUGGGAGAUCGUUACACAAGCACCGGCUAAAGAAACACCACAUUUGGAAAUUCAGGCCCAAGACCCGGCACAAGAAAGUGGAGCCGGAGAGAUGGCAGAGGCCUCCGUAGCCGGAGUGGCAGGAACGGAGAGUACCCGGAGACCAUCGAAACAGGACGAAUCAGAAGAGGAGGAAGCCAACGACGAUUCGGCAGAGGAACAGGCCGACGAAGACGAUAACAUGGCCGAAGAAGAUAAUCAGCCCCUCAAAGUGGUCGUUAAACCGAGGAAAGCGGCUAAACUAGAAGAGGCCAUGAACCGUGAGAAGGUCAAGAAAGGUGACUCCCUAAAGAAACAGAAGGAAGAAGAAGAUAAGAAGAAAAAGAGCGGUGAUGAAAGCGAGAGCAAAAACACCCGGAGAAAAAAGGAGGAGAAAAAGAAGAAAGACGAAUCGUCGUCUCACGAUGUAGAAAUAUUGGACGAACCAGUCGGUGAAGUGGAAGAAAGGUCAUCCGCACCUAUUAUUCCAAAGAAAUUUGUCAUUGAAUCGGCUACAUCGAAGUCAAAGGUCACCGAGCCUGAGCCGUCAACAUCGAAAGGGAAGGUUAUAGCUGUGAAACAGAUUGUCCCAGUCGUCAUCUCGGCAUCUACUACGAAAGAGCGUAGGGAAAAAAGAACGCGAGAAAAGGCAAAACGAGAGACGUCUCGUGAAUCGGAAGCAUCGGAAGUGAGCCUCCCAAGCACUUCGACGGUUAGUACGAGGUCACAUACGGACCCGAAAACGACUAGACCCAGAACCGCGGAGCCAGGAAGCCUAGCGGAGGCUCUUGAGAGAGGGAAAAAAGCAAAGAGCGAACCCGCAAAGUUGAAAAAGAAAGGAAAAGAGGCCAUGAAAAUUGAUGCAUUGGCAAUGGCCACUUACAUCGAACCGGACGGUGACAGUGAACUUGAUUACUCGGGCGAUGAAGCGGAAUUCGAAGAUCCAGACAGUGAUAAUAUGACCACGAUUGACGAAAUUAUUGAUGCGUUCAACGGAGCAGAGAAGCAUUUUACACGAGUAAGAACCACAUCAGUAACGUCAAAAUUCAGAACGGGUUUAAAGAAAUAUCUGCGGAAGGACAAGCACCGUAGUUUUACCAAACAGAAGUUCGAUGUGGUAUUGGAAUACGCUCGGAAUGCGGGAAAACUCCUCCAGAAACAUCCGAAUUUCGCGUAUAAGGCUAAACUAUUCAGACCGUCAAGCUCGGAUAAGUCGCUGACGACUCCCAAUGAAGAUACCGCAAUGCGAGUGGAAAGGGCAAUCGCGGGAAUGACAAGCCCGUUGGGGUCAACGAGUCACCGGAUCAGCCAAUAUAUCAACGCUGUUUGGAAUGACGGAAAAGGGUUGAUAAAGGAAAUCGACACAGCCACUGAACGCGCGUUGCCAAGGAUGAUAAAACAGAAUAUCCUGUCCACAACGAACGCACAUCAAGGAUACCCGAUCCGAUAUACGAGAGUAGGCCUGAUACCGCCGGAAAAACAAACCCGUUGUAAUAUGUCCGACAGUCAGGAGAUGGAAAGAGUGCCAUCGAGUGGAGACCCGACAACUCCCAUACUGAAUCGGAUCGCGCAGUUAACAGCCGAGGAAGGAUCCGUACGGGUUAAACCACAAGUAUCGAAAGUACCGAAAAAGAAGGGACCCAUGGAUUCCGAAUCAGAGGAGAGUGACGACGACACCUCUGCUGUCCGUGCCUCUGGAACGUCUCUGGAACCGGACACAGAAAAUCCUAAAGGUCAAGAGACACCAGCAACUGCGACAGACACAGAAGUAAUUCAACCGAAGGGUCACGAAACAUCAGAAAAACGGGAGAAAGAAAAGGUCAUGCUCCCGAUGGACAAGGCCUCGGCAGAAGCAGAGGCAGCCUCCGCGCGACAAGUAUAUCAGAAAUCAUUGUUCAUCCCACUGAAGGAUGCUUACGAGAAAGAACGGUCAAAGUCAGCGGGAGAACUGGGAGGUCCUGAGACUUUACCACAGGAAGAGAAAACGAUCGAACCGAAAUCUGCCCAGUCAUCAUCAGGCUCGUUGGCAAAAUUGAAGAUAGAUGAACAGGCGACUGAUGCAACGGACUCGGCAAAAUCCCCCCAGAAAAUGGAAACUAAAGAGGCGACAGAUUAUUCGCUCGGAGCGCCGUUAGAUGUGAAUAAUCGGACAUGGAACGAAGUCCAAGCUGCACUCCAGAGUAUUCGAGAAAAAGAAAUGCUUGGUACCGAUCUCAAAAGACAGGUCGCGGUAAACUCGAACGGAAGAUCGUCACUAAAUAUGACCGAACGAGUCCUGAAACGGGCAUAUAAGGAAGGAAGACUGGGAUGUAAAUAUAACAAAGAUAACAAAGUCAUCUACUAUCUUCCGAAACAGGGCACGGAACGCACGCCCAGACUAAAAAUGGAACUGGAGGCUUGGAAAAUAGCCGUUACAGAUGUGGCUUUGGACGCCAUUGGCGGCACCAAUGGAGCGUCAUGGGGUGACCUUUCGAAUUUCAUGGCCGUCCAUUAUGAGUUGGGAGAAUUGAAUAUUGAGAACGAUAAGGAAUGGAUAAAGAAUGCCGUAGAAGCAUUGGUUGCAGACGAGGUGCUUCAUGUCAAACAGGAUGGCCGAAUUGACUUCAAACCAUAUCAACCGCCGGCGAAGGAGUCUGAGUGAAUGGGAUGCGUGUAAUGUGCAGCGAAUUCAAAACGGAGAAAAUGGCACAGAAAGGUCAAGCCACUCCUAAAAGCGCAGGACCCGCAUCAGAGAUAAACAGAUCUACGGGCUAUAAUCCAAAGUGUCCGGACUGUUUACGGAAUAACCGAAAAGUUGACAAGAAGUUCCCGUGCUAUUCAUGCGUUCAUAAGUUAGGAGACCCUAACACUGUUUCACUCGUGGGACUAAUGAAAGCCAAACGGGGGAACAUGGACGUUUUUCGAAACCUCAUUAGCGCGAGGAAUUACGGCAGCAUCCCAGUAGAAGAGCGAAUGCUACUCGAGGAUCGUUACCGAGAAGCAAUUCAGAAUAACGAAAGUGGCUGGGACGAGACUUUGGAGCCGUUGAAAUGUCCACAAACGGACGCAUACCGGAAGAAGUUUGAGGAAGAUCAGGAGAAGAUGCGACGGCAACAGUUGGAGGAUGAACUCCGGGCAAAGAUCAACGCGGCGAAUCAAAAGGCGAGCGAACAGGCCGCAAGAGAGGCGCUGCCAAAUCCGUCGAGUUCAACUGUACCGACAGCCAGCUUCAACGACGACGAAGCCCAGUUGAUACGCCAGUCCCUGAUCAUCCAGAUUGAUACGCUGACCAGCGAUUUAGCGGCUAUGCAACAGGAACUAUUUGAUGCGCUGUUGCGGGAGAAGUUGAGACUGCAGAAGAGUUUCGCUCCGGCACCGUACAUAAAGAAGGCAGUUGAGGAACGUAUGGAGGAGCUGCGUAAAUCCCGUCAGAACGAGAGUAAUGUUCUCCAGGCGCUCAGAGGAUUCAGACGAGAUGACGUGUUUACACGACCUCGUUCGCCCCCGCAUAGAGAAAGGUCACGCGGACACUCACGCGAACAUGAACGGACCUCUGAAAGACGAACCGAAAGGUCACGUGAACACUCCCGGGAAAGGACACGGGAUUAUCGCAGUGAAAGGUCACGUGAACGUUCUCAUGAUAGAGAUUACCGUGGUGGAAGAGGAUGGGUGCGCCAUGGAAACGAGAUAACCGAGACGAGUAUUCAGCGCAAAAUCGAUACGGCAAAGAUUUUGGCCGCAACAAGAGGACGUGAGGAACAACGGCGUGCAGAGACUUACCGCACAGAGCCUGAAAAGAAAGGUCAUCAGGUGCCGUUGGAAGUUGGAUUCCGUAACCGCAAUGUUAGGAUGUCAACACCCGAAAGGUCAUGGGACAAAAGACGCGAACAUACGCGAAAUCGAACGCCAGACCCACAGGAUAAACGCUGGCAGGAAAGAGCCAGGUAUUAUGCGGGUUUUGAAUCUGGCGCGAGCAAAAGGUCAUCGAGCGCAGAAAGGGAAGAUUCACCCCCGAAGUA